GCGUUUCCUGUUCCGGAAGUAGCGGCCGGGCUGCAGCAAGUGAAUGAGGGGGCGCUGUGUGGAUGCAGUCCCAGAGGAGGAGAGCUGUCAUGCCGCUGGAGGUGAAAUGGCCAUUCCCGCAGUGCCCCCCACUGGCCUGGAGGGUCUCUGGCACUGUGGUGAUGGGGAUGGUGGGCUCCUACUCCUACCUCUGGACCAACUACAUGAACCGUCUGACUGUCCAUAACCAGGAGACUCUGAUGGAGCUGGUGGACUCUCGACCCUCAGACACUCCCCUCAUCACCUUGAGCAACCACCAGUCCUGCAUGGACGACCCACAUUUAUGGGGCAUCCUCAGGCUCAAACAGUUGUGGAACUUCAAAAAGAUGCGCUGGACCCCUACCGCUUCAGACAUCUGCUUCACUAAAGAGCUGUACUCAAAGUUCUUCAGUCGUGGAAAGUGUGUCCCUGUUGUGAGAGGUGAUGGUGUUUAUCAAAAGGGCAUGGAUUUUGUCUUGGAAAAAUUAAACAAUGGAGAGUGGGUCCAUAUAUUUCCUGAAGGGAAAGUUAACAUGACUGAAGAAUUCAUACGGUUAAAAUGGGGUGUUGGUCGACUCUUAUCCGAGUGCUCCCUAAACCCCAUAAUAUUACCUCUCUGGCACGUGGGUUUGAAUGACGUUCUGCCAAAUGAGACGCCCUAUAUUCCUCAGGCUGGAAAGAGGAUCACGGUUCUUGUGGGGAAUCCGUUCAGUGUCAAAGACCUGGUGGAGUCCCUCAGAGCUGAAAACAAGUCACAGUUGGAGAUGAGGAAGACUUUGACAGACUUUAUUCAAGCCGAGUUUCGGAGUUUGAAACCGCGAGCUGAAGUGCUUCACGGACAGACACAAACCAACUCCUGACUUCACAGAAAAACAAAAACUACAUUUCAGAAUCAACACUCAGGACGGACAUUUUAUAAGGUCGUGAAAUUGUUCGUUUUUUGUUUAUUACUGAUCACAAGUGCUGGGACGACAGUGGUGCAGUGGGAGCAGCGUUCACCCACCUACCAGAAGCUCACCGGUUCAACCCUCGUCAGAACGCUUGCUGAUUUUGUGUCCCUGAGCAAGACACUGCAUCCUUUGAGUCCACUAAACAGUCAUAGCAUGGGGCUGGUUGUAAUGGGAAGGGUAUCCUCACUAAAAAAAUUUUUAAACAUGUAGCUGUAGCAUCUAAAAAAACAAAAGUCCUACUUGAACCAUUAUCAUAGAGAUUAACAAUUGAAAACAAAUAAAUGUAUUGAUUGAAUGGUCAAAAUUCCCCAAAAUGGCGUCCGUAGUUAGAAAAAGCAUGUGACUGAAACUACCAAUUGUAAAGGUGCAUUGUGUAACUUUUCUGGUAGGACUUUUUAAGGUAUUUUAAGCAAAAAACUAAAAAAAACAAAACUUGUCUAUCUUGCAUUUAUGUUUUUAUUACAUUACCAUGAACAUCCAGGCAAAGCAAUUUUGUCUCCAUGGAGACAAGCAGGUUGCGGACUAUCACUAGAAAAGUUAUGUAAUGUAUCUUUAAAGUGGAACUAAACACUAAAUCACAACUGUGUAUAUGGUAUUUUUUAAUGGCCUUAUGUACUGUUCCUAGUUUUUUUUAAAUUACAAACUAAAUCUAAGUUUAUGCUGCCUCCUGUGGCCUCAGGAAUUUACCAUGUGACGUCACACAGGACUGCCCUGAUUACAGCCAGGUGUUUGUGAUAACAAACACUGGGCUGCAGGGGCGGAGUUUGAAGUGAGGAUGAAGUGUGGAUACCUGUUAAACCAAUCACAUUGUUCCUUAUACUGCACCCUUCCUCCCCCCCCCACUCUCCCCUUUAGUCCUCCAGACUCCCCCGCCUCCUCCCUCUUCCCUUUCGUCCUCCUUUUAGGCAGAUUUUAGGUGUUUAGUCCCACUUUAAAUUAGUAUAUUUACUUGUACAUUGUGUGUACAGACUGAGACUUCUGUUAUUAUGAAAUGAAAAAUGAUUUGUAGAUAAUUUCUACAUUGAUUUAUCCUAAUGGUUGAUAUGAGACCUGAAUAUAUGUGUGCAAUAACCUUAAUCAUAUCAGAUACUGGAUAAUAUUUUAUGAAAAUGUUUAAGGUUUUUGCCAAAUUUCUUACAUGAUGCAAAUGAAUGCUGAUUUUU